AUGCGCGAAUUGAAUGGUGUGGCAAGCGGCGCUAACCAAGGCUCUAACGUCACAAACAACUCUGAGGAUGUUCCAAUCGAAGUCGUUGAAGUCGAUGAAGAGCCUUCCGGAGAGAUUCCAGAUGCUCCUUUCAACGAGUCUUUGGAUGAGGUUCCACGAGUACCACGACAUUCCUCAAUAGGAAUUGCAAAUCAUUUGAGCGACGUUAGUGACGAGGAAAUGGAUCAGCUGCCACGUGCCCGAGGGAACCGACCAGAAAUAGACGAACUGGUGGAUUGUGAUGGCUUCAGGAAUGGCGCUGGACGUGCGUCUUCAAUACCACCCGAAUCCCCUCCAGGAGAAAGCUUUAUCUAUGGGGGUCAGUCUUCGCUUUUUGUCAAUAAAAGAGCUGGUCCGAGUACAUCUGAUGAAGUGAAUGGUAUGCUACGGAAGCCUCCUAGACAGGCAGCGGGACGGGAUCGAGAAAUUUCCCGCUCACCACCUGCACCACCUUCUACACCUCCACGGGACGAUCGCCGAACAAGGCUUGAGAAUCUCAAGAAGCUGAAUUUCUCUCAAGCUACAAAGUACAAAAUGAAAGAAAGGUAG